CAGAAGUGGAAGGUUGCCCUCAUGAUUGCCAGGAACCUCAUGAGCACUCUAUCAGCAAUGAGGAGGCUGUAGAGGAUGUGCCGUUCUUCAUUCACUACGCUGGAAAACGGAGUAGGCUUUCUCUGUUUGAUGAGAAUUUGGCCCCACGGAUUGAGGACUGCAUCAUGGGCUGGGCAGCCAAGAAGGUGGACAAGCAAAACUCAUGGGAGAAAGCAGGGGAGACGGAGCAGCCAUCGUCAGAUCCGGCCAUACACGUUGAGAGGCAAACCAACUCCAGUUCCGUGGAGGCAAACAUCCACUUCCUACAAAAUUUGAAGAACUGGCUCGUUGACUCCAUGGCUUUGUGCUUCUCUUCCCCAAAAGAAGCGUCCCAGGAAUUUCGUGCUCUACUGGCAGAAUUGAGUGGGGAAAAUCCGGACUUGUCAAACAUCGGGGAGGAGUUAGAGCUGAACCCUGAGGGGGAUGUCAACUUUGUGUCUUUGGGGCAAAAACUGCGCCAAUGGGAAGAACAGCAAGAGGCAAUUCGGAGGGAACUACCAGCAGUGAGCUCCACCAAGAGGCCCCCAGGCCGUCCAUUUGGCUCCUGCAAGAAGAGAAAGACCACUGCAGGGGAAGAAGAGGCUGACCAAAAAGACACCAAAAAAAACAAGAAGAAAACGAGAAAAAAAGACACCAAAAAAAAGAAAACAGAGAAUCAGAGUGAAGGGGAAGAGAGUGUGGCAGUCGAGGAGGAGGCUCCACCCACCGAUCCUUUUGGUGAGGUGGAGGAGGCAAACAAAGUACCCAACAAGUGCAGCAUGAUUCCGUUGUACACCAAGUGCAUCAUUGUUGAGUACGCCAAAAAGGUGGCAGCAGAGGGCAAAGAGCGAAGCGUAGAACGGGCAGUCAUGACCCACUUCCGGAAAUAUUUCUUCUCCCAGGAGAGCAAUCAGUGGAAGAGUGGUUUGCUCCGGAAAUGGAUACAGACAUACGACCUGGAGGGACACCACCGUAUCCCUUGGCAAGAAAUGUCUGUAAAGGAUCGCUCCCAGAUGAAGCAAUUGCCGGACUGGCUCCGGCGCGCUAUGCAGCUGCCAGAGCGUUUCCGGAAAGGCCAUGGCAGGCGUGUGCCGCAUGAAGUGGAGGCCACAUUCAAUGAAGUGCUUGAGAGAAUGCUUGCUGGGUUCAAUCGCGACUUGCAAGCCGUCACAAAUCUCAAGAUGCCUGUUCUGGUGGAGACAGCCAAGAGUAUCUUCAAGAAGUGGGCACAGGCUUACAAGAAACUCUGCAAGGAGCAGCAGCCGAUU